GAAGUCGAGCAGCGCAGACGCGUUCGUUCUGCUCCGCGGCGAUCCUAUAGUCUUGGCCAUACCUCUUGCGAGCCGCAUCCUCUUCGCACACCGACACACGAUCCACGGGAGCUCCGUCCCGCGACGAUCCUUCGCCAGCGUACGAACACGCGCGGCGGCUGCUGCCCCAGCGCCGGCCCUUGCUCGGCCCAUCCACCGAUCCGUCCGCGACCAUUUCACGUCCCCGAUCGUCCGAGGAACACGCCGCGGGGUUCGAUCGCCUUGCGAUUCGACGGGAGUCGAUGGGAAGUGGAGGUGCGUCGUCGUCUCGCGGUUCAUCGCCGUGUCGUCGACGGCAGCGACGUUCCGACCGCGGAACACCGAUCAGAGGAACGAGUCGCGGCGCGUCUUCUCGCGAGUGACGGUGGUGAGAUCCCCUCGAUCUAGGAAGAGGAUCGCGCGGUCGCGGGACCGUUCCGUGGUUUCGGGAGGAAACUCGUCCGGAGGACGCUGGGCGAGCCGGAACCGAGACAGAGAACGGAGAGGCGAGGAGGACGCGGGAGACGCGGAGAGGAGAGAGGAGAGAGAAUUUCGGAGAAGAUUGGAAACCGAGGUGUCGUCAAGCGCGAGGAGGGAUGCCUACGAAAGGGGAAAGGGGAAAAGCGACGGACUUCAGCAUCGCGGCCAUCAUGGCGCCCAGGGGUCCGUCCUUCGGGCAUUACCACCUGCAGGGCAUCGGCAACACCGCCGCUACCGCUAACACCAACCUGGAGUGUCCGACCGCCAGAGGAUUCGUCGCCAAUUCCGCUCUCGAUCACCGGAUGAGGUCGUCGCCGGUGAACAUCGUCGCGACCGCGACCGUCGUGACGGAGGAGGCGUUGCUGGCCGACGACGAGGUCGAGAACUGCGAGGGCGAGAGCGAGGGGACGGAGAAGUCUGGCAACGAGGAGGACGAGGAGGUCGACGUGGACGUCGAGGAGUGCAGCAGCGUCGACGACGGGCCGGUCCACAGCGCGCCCGACGACCUGAGCGCGACCUCGACGAGAAAGUGCCAGGACGUCCACGGCGACCACGAACGGAAGCACCGGCUGAGGACCAGUUGCAACUCCGACGAGCUGCGGGACGUUGAGUGCCACCUCGAGACCAAGGAAUUGUGGGACAAGUUCAACGACCUUGGCACCGAGAUGAUCAUCACGAAAACGGGCAGGCGAAUGUUCCCAACUUGCCGGGUGUCGUUCAGCGGCCUGAAGUCCGAGGGCAAGUACGCGGUGCUGAUGGACAUCGUGCCGGUGGACAACAAGCGGUACCGAUACGCGUAUCACAGGAGCUGCUGGCUGGUCGCCGGCAAAGCGGAUCCUCCGGCGCCGGCUCGGCUCUACGUGCACCCGGACUCGCCGUUCACCGGGGACCAGCUCCGAAAGCAGGUGGUCUCGUUCGAGAAGGUGAAGCUAACGAACAACGACAUGGACAAACACGGCCAGAUCGUGCUGAACUCGAUGCACCGGUACCAGCCGAGGAUACAUUUGGUCCGGUGCCGGCAGGCCGACGACAACAACCUUCACAUCACCGACCUGCAGAAGGAGGAGCACAAGACCUUCAUUUUCCCCGAGGCGAUCUUCACCGCGGUGACGGCCUAUCAGAAUCAGCUGAUCACCAAGCUGAAGAUCGACAGCAACCCGUUCGCCAAAGGUUUCCGGGACUCGUCCAGGCUGACGGAUUUCGAUCGGUAG